CAGUUAGUUGAUCAAGAGCCUUGGGAGGACAUCCAAUAGGAAGGAGCUUGCUCGCUCAAGGUAAAAACCCAAAACAACUUGGUUUACCUCAUCCAUCGACGGCAGCUAUUUCGGCUCGUCCACCCACCCCUCCAGAUGCAUCAAUGCCGGAUGAAAGAGGCACCAUAAAGAAACGGGAUGCGACCGGGGCGAUGACAUCGGCCAGUCCACCUGGACGGUGGUUGGUGGCCUGUGGGAAGUUGCGCCGAACAAGCCGUAGGCUGAUAUGGUGUGCAGCCCUGGCUGGGCCAGAGUCGGCUCGUAUGGUGGGGUCCGCUCAGGUGGGUGGGUGUGUGGAGUGCGGCGGGCUGCUUCUCAAUGGAAGCGUAGCCUCCGAUGGGACAUUGGUGCUUCGAUUCCCGACACCUGGAAUGCUAAUACUCAAUUCUGCUUUACGGACGCCGCUGUUCUGCGCGAUUGGCCAUGCGGCUGCCUGCCGGGAAAAUCAAGCAGGAGUGAAGUGCUUCGGAGCACGCAGUCAAGUGGCUUCGCCUCGGAGAGGACGUCUCAGUGUCGCGGCCAAAAUUGAUGGCCUUAUGCGCGAUCAAUACAGCGGUCAUGACCCCACCCGUCCUGGACAAUUUUGCACCGUGUCAGACGGACUGGCGGGUUCUUCAGGGCCUGUUCCGUUGGCAGGCACGACUUGGCGACAGUACAGGAGCGGCAAAGCUUUUACUGUGUGGGGGCCAGCUAACAGAGAACGUUUCAUCGUGGCUGCUCGCCCUGAGGCCGGCUAG